UGCAGGAGGAGGUGUGAGGCACACAGGGGCACGCAGACCCCAGACCACCCGGGCUGUGACGUCUCCCGAGGGCGGAGCCUCCAGUGCGGCUGGAGCUGGGGCUGGAGAUGCUCCUCACACCGGAGACCCCGGGAGUCCGAGAGCGGCUGACAGCAGCACAGAGACCCCCGGAGACCGGAUCCCAGGAAGGUGAUGGCUCUCUGAUGACGGACAGAGGAUGUGGGUUCCGCUGAUGUGUGCGGCGUGCUGCGGGCUCCUGGGCGCAGGGUUCGCUCUGCAGAUCCAGUGCUAUCAGUGUGAGGAGUUCCAGAAGGAUGACUGCUCGUCCCCAGAAUUCAUAGUGAACUGCACGGUCAAUGUCCAGGACACAUGUCAGAAAGAGGUCAUGGAGAAGAGCGAUGGAAUAUUGUAUCGCAAGUCAUGUGCUUCAUCAGCCGCCUGUCUCAUCGCCUCUGCUGGAUACCAGUCAUUCUGCACCCCGGGCAAAGUGAAUUCGGUUUGCAUCAGCUGUUGCGAUACCUCUCUCUGCAACGGACCACGAACCAAGAAGAACAGGAAUUCUGCAGCGACACAACAUGGCUGUCUGCUGGCCGUGACGGCAUCACUAGUGCUGUCCCUGAGGACAGGCCGGCUAUAGUAACAAAAAAGGACUACUCCCCUGAUCGUACCUCCCCGCCAGGGAAAAAGAAAGCUUGUUGGUUUGUCUCCUCAGCAAACAUGACAGGUCACCAAAAAUAUAUUUUUGUUAUACUUUUUGUUGGGUUAUAGUAAAUCUACUCUUCAGUUGUAUUUUCAAACUGCACUUUAAUAAAGGCCAUUCUCUGUACACACAGAAUAAGUGGAUGCAAACCGCC